CAAGCAACAUGGCGGGCCUCUUGCGCACCGUCGUCAUCAGCUGCUCCAGUCCUCUCUUCAACAAUGUGAUGUGCCACAAGGUCAAGACUUCAUGCCUACGAACAUUCCGCACCCACCAGAUCCUCUGGUGCCAAGCCCCUGUCAAACCAGGUAUCCCAUACAAGCAGCUAACGGUAGGAGUUCCCAAGGAGAUCUUUCAGAACGAGAAGAGAGUUGCCUUGUCACCGGCAGGGGUUCAAGCGCUGGUGAAGCAAGGCUUCAACGUUGUCGUGGAGUCGAGUUCCGGCGAAGCGUCCAAAUUCUCCGAUGACCAUUACAGAGAGGCAGGGGCUCAGAUCCAAGGAACCAAGCAAGUGUUGGCUUCUGAUUUAGUUCUCAAAGUGAGGGCUCCUAUGUUUAAUCCUGCGCUGGGCAUGCACGAAGUGGACCUCUUUAAGCCAUCUGCGACCCUGAUCAGUUUCAUCUACCCGGCUCAAAACCCAGACCUUCUGAACAAGCUGUCAGAAAGAAACACGACCGUCUUGGCCAUGGAUCAGGUUCCACGGGUGACCAUCGCUCAGGGAUAUGAUGCUCUCAGCUCCAUGGCCAACAUUGCUGGCUACAAGGCGGUUGUGCUAGCAGCCAAUAAUUUUGGCCGUUUUUUCACGGGCCAGAUCACAGCAGCCGGCAAGGUCCCUCCAGCUAAGGUUCUGAUCAUUGGAGGCGGAGUUGCUGGGUUAGCAUCGGCGGGAGCAGCCAAGUCGAUGGGAGCUGUAGUUCGUGGGUUUGAUACCAGAGCUGAAGCGUUGGAGCAAUUCAAAUCACUUGGUGCCGAGCCUUUGGAGGUAGACUUAAAAGAAUCUGGGGAAGGACAGGGAGGUUAUGCAAAAGAGAUGUCCAAAGAGUUCAUUGAGGCUGAAAUGAAACUCUUUGCGAAACAGUGCCAGGAAGUUGACAUUAUUAUCACAACAGCACUCAUACCUGGUAAAAAAGCACCUAUCCUGUUUAGGAAAGAUAUGAUCGAGACGAUGAAAGAAGGCUCAGUUGUUGUAGAUCUAGCCGCUGAAGCAGGGGGAAAUAUUGAAACUACCAAGCCAGAUGAGCUCUACAUUCACAAGGGAGUUACCCACAUAGGUUACACGGACCUCCCCAGCAGAAUGGCCACCCAAGCCAGCUCGCUCUAUUCCAACAACAUCACCAAGCUGCUGAAGGCCAUCAGUCCGGACAAAGAGAAGUUCUACUUUGACCUGAAGGAUGAAUUUGAUUAUGGUACUUUGGACCAUGUUGUUAGAGGCACGGUAGUAAUGAAGGAUGGAAGGGUGAUUUUCCCAGCACCACCUCCAAAGCAUGUUCCUCAAGGGGCACCUGUGAAGCGGAAGACGGUGGCAGAGCUGGAAGCGGAAAAAGCAGCCUCCGUUACACCUUUCCAGAAAACCUUGACUUCCGCAUCUAUGUACACAGCAGGUCUAGGCAGCGUUCUCGGGUUGGGCAUCGCCGCUCCCAAUUCUGCUUUCACUCAGACGGUGACCACGUUUGGCUUGGCUGGGAUCGUCGGGUACCACACGGUGUGGGGUGUGACCCCUGCGCUCCACUCGCCCCUCAUGUCUGUGACCAAUGCCAUCUCAGGGCUGACUGCUGUUGGUGGAUUGGCUCUGAUGGGGGGGAAAUACCUCCCCGAAAACAUCCCUCAGAGCCUCGCUGUUCUUGCUGCUUUUGUGUCUUCCGUCAACAUUGCAGGUGGCUUUCUGGUCACGCAGAGAAUGCUGGACAUGUUCAAGCGCCCCACCGAUCCUCCGGAGUACAAUUAUUUAUAUCUGUUGCCUGCUGGUGCAUUUGUAGGGGGAUACGGAGCAGCUCUCCAAAGCGGUUAUAACGUUGAACAGAUGGUGUACCUGGGUUCGGGCUUGUGCUGCGUCGGUGCCCUGGCUGGGCUGUCCACUCAAGGAACAGCUCGACUCGGCAAUGUUUUGGGCAUGGUGGGUGUGGCUGGAGGCGUGGCUGCUACCCUUGGAGGUCUGAAGCCGUCCCCUGAAUUGCUGGCUCAGAUGUCGGGCGCGAUGGCCGUCGGUGGCACCAUCGGUCUGACGAUCGCUAAACGCAUCCAGAUUUCAGACUUACCUCAGUUAGUGGCUGCUUUUCACAGCUUAGUGGGCCUGGCUGCGGUCCUCACGUGCGUGGCAGAGUACAUGAUUGAGUAUCCCCACUUUGCUACCAGCGAAGCCGCAAACCUCACCAAGAUCAUUGCUUAUCUUGGCACGUAUAUUGGAGGUGUAACCUUCAGCGGUUCUCUUGUCGCUUAUGGAAAGCUACAGGGUAUCCUGAAUUCUGCCCCACUCCUCUUGCCGGGUCGACACUUAUUGAAUGCUGGUUUGUUAGCGGCAAGUGUAGGCGGCAUGGUUCCCUACAUGAUUGAUCCAAGUUACACUACAGGGUUGACUUGUUUAGGGUCCGUGUCAGCUCUGUCUGCUGUCAUGGGUGUAACUUUGACAGCAGCCAUAGGAGGGGCGGACAUGCCAGUGGUCAUUACUGUACUGAACAGCUAUUCCGGGUGGGCGCUGUGUGCCGAAGGAUUCCUGCUCAACAACAACUUGCUGACGAUCGUGGGCGCUCUGAUUGGUUCCUCUGGUGCUAUUCUCUCUUACAUCAUGUGUGUGGCCAUGAACCGUUCCCUUGCUAAUGUGAUCCUGGGUGGAUACGGCACGACUUCAAUGGCUGGUGGGAAGCCAAUGGAAAUCUCCGGCACUCACACAGAAGUGAAUCUGGACAAUGCAGUUGACAUGAUCAAGGAAGCCAAUAACAUCAUCAUCACCCCAGGUUACGGUCUGUGUGCUGCCAAAGCGCAGUACCCGAUUGCUGACUUGGUAAAAAUGAUGACUGAAAAAGGCAAGAAAGUUCGAUUUGGCAUUCAUCCUGUGGCUGGUCGUAUGCCCGGGCAACUGAACGUGCUCCUUGCGGAAGCCGGAGUCCCCUAUGACAUUGUCCUAGAAAUGGAUGAGAUAAACCAUGACUUUCCAGAAACAGACCUGGUCCUUGUUAUUGGAGCCAAUGACACUGUUAAUUCGGCUGCCCAGGAAGAUCCAAACUCUAUCAUUGCAGGAAUGCCUGUUCUGGAAGUCUGGAAGGCAAAGCAGGUUAUUGUUAUGAAGAGAUCUCUGGGCGUUGGCUACGCAGCUGUGGAUAAUCCAAUCUUUUACAAGCCCAAUACAGCCAUGCUUCUGGGGGAUGCUAAGAAGACCUGUGAUGCCCUGCAGGCCAAAGUGAGAGACGCCUUGCAGAACUGAAUGCCUUCUGUUUAAAGAAAAGCCUAUC